AUGCUGCGCGCGCAGCGCGUCAGCUACUUCCGCAGCCUGCCGUGGCAGCACGAGAUUCCGGUGAAGGAGUUUGAUCUCACGCCCAGAUGUCGUGUGGAGGACACAGGCCGGAUUUCCACCAACACCAAGGAGCUCUACACCUUCUGUAUACACCCAGAGCUUCCCAAGCCGUGUCUGGUGGGAACCAAGGACCCUGAGCUAGUGGCGGUGUGGAUGCAAGCGAUCAGGGAGACAAUAGAACAUAACGUGGCGCCCACUAUCAGAAUGCCGCUCACUCGCCCCACCAGCACCAACAGCCUAUCGGACGAGGAGGAGGGGGAAACGCCCCCACACCCCAACAUGUCCUCCUGUCGUGACUCUAUGGACAGCAGUGAGCCAUUCGACGGGGACGAGAUGGGAGCAGACGACUUGCCAACACCGCAGCGAGUGCUGCUCGACAGACGAGGCUCCAUUGGCUUUGGCCCCCCAAUGGAGCUGGGCGGCAUGCUGGAGGCCAUGGUGGCGAUGCGCAGUGCAUCAACAGCAUCAGGGAUCGCAUCCGACGGCUCCUGGCGCCUCAUCAAGCUAUCCAACGGGCUGCGCUUCUUUGAGGAGUUGAACGAGGAGCGCGGGCAGGCGGGCAUGUGUGGCAGUCUGCCGUGUCUGAGUGCCGUGGGAACAGUGGACGCUCCCAGUGACGCCGUCUUCCGACUCGUGCUCGACCUCUCCUCCUCGCGCAACGAGUGGGACGUGGCAUACGGGGGUGCACGAAUGGUAGAAGCUCAAGACGGUCACACGGACUGCAUCCACUACCGCUUCCGACCGCUCCCAGUCGGCUUCGGCCCCUUCACCCUCACAGCGCGCGACGUGUGCCUGCGGCGCUACUGGCAGCGCACAGGCGACGGCUGCUACGUGGUCCUUUACCAAUCCAUGGAGCACCCCCUAUGCCCCCCUGUCAUGGGCUGUGUGCGUGCCAAUCUCACCUACGGAGGGUUUAUCAUCGCCCCAGCGGGGCCGUCCGCGAUCGGACGGUCGGUAGUGAUGCACGUGUUGCAGAUGGAUGCAAAGGGGUUGCUGCCGAUGUGCAGCGGUGUUGCGACCGAAGUGCAUUUCUACCUGCUGUCGAGGGUUGCGGGCAUUCGGGAGUUUUUCGCGCAGACGAGGGGGGAUUCACUGGCUGCGCUGCUAGGGUUGAGGGAUACCCAGCAGGCUACAGCUGCUGCUACAGCCGCGGCUGUAGCGGCUGCAGAAGGGAGGGAGCUUGGAGGGGGUGGGAGGAAGGGGAGCAGGCGGGAGCGGGAGGACGGGCGGAUUGGACCAAUACCAGAAGGGGGAGGGGAGGGGUUUGAUGAGGUGGAGGGGGUGGGACGAGAGAGGAGGAGAGGCAGCAGUGGGGACGUUAUGGGUGGUGAGUUCAGCGGUAGCGAUGCCGGGAGCACUGUAUCAGAGCCCUUACCCGGCACUAGCAGUUUCUUUGGAGCAAGAGGAGCAGGAACAGCAGCAGGAGACGCAGCAGUUGCUGCUAAGGCUCUCCUGACUGAAACUCUCCCUGUGGCCUCUCCUCGGUUCUGGCAGCUAGGUUCCCGACCCUCCACCGGGUCUCGACUAGCUGGUUCGGCAAGGGCGGCAGGUUCGGUAGACCCAUGGGCAUGGGCGUACAAGACGGGGAACCUGGCCCGGGGGUCGCCGAUGGGGGGGAUUAACUGCUGGAGCGAGGCGGAGGUUCGGAACUUUACAGUGCGGUCGAAGAGCUAUUUGAGGGAUAAGAUGAAGCAGAGUGCGGGGCAGCCGGGGAUGGCGCUGGUGGCUGUGGAUUGGCUGAAGCGCGUUGAGAGGAUUGAUCAUGUGGUGGAGCUCAAGCGCACCCCCGUGCAUGGAAUGCGCGAGCUGAUGGCCAGCAGUGACGCCUCGUCGCGGCCAUACUUUUUCAUUGUGAAUAUGCAGGUGCCGGCAGCGCAGCAGUACAGCAUGGUGUUCUACUGGGCCAUGGAGGAGCCGCCCACAGAUUCAUCCAUGCUAGGGCAGUUCAUCAACGGGGACGACAUCUUCCGCAACUCACGCUUCAAGCUCAUUCCCCGCAUCCACCAGGUGGGUGUGAGAGUGCACUGCGCCGUGUGCACUGUUUUGCAUCUAUGA